AUGAAUGGAGGUGCCUUUGACGUUGAUUACACUAUCAAAAAUCCUAGAAAUGAGAUUAUUGUGUCUGAGAAUAAGGAAAGACAAGGAGAUUUUGUUUUAACUGGAGAUGAUGUUGGUGAGUAUGGCUUUUGUUUCUUCAAUAAGAUGUCUACAUAUGCUGAGAAGGUGAUUGAUUUUGAAAUCAAAUACGAUAAUGCUGAAGAUGCAAAGAAGUAUCAAGCACAAUUGCCUGAUCAACCUCAAAACAAGCCAAUUGCUCAUGUUGAACUGAUGGAGAAUACUGCCAAUCAAAUUGAUCAAAAGUUGGAUGGGUUGAUGAGAACAUUACAAUAUUACAAAACAAGAAAUAACCGUAAUCAAGCCACUGUCAGAUCCACAGAAUCCAGAAUUUAUUACUUUUCAAUUUUUGAAGUUGCUUUAAUGGUUGGAAUGGCUAUUUUACAGAUUGCCAUUGUGCAGUUAUUCUUCAAAGGUUCGAGAAAGCAAUUGGUCUGA